CUCGAAAGGCAACUAUCGCAUCUACGAGCCGAACUCUCGGACGCUUACCGCUCCAGAUCGGCCUCGCAAGACAAGCAGCUUCGGCUGACCGAUACUCUACGAGAAAGGGACGACGAGAUCCGGGCUCUCAAGGAUGAGAUGAGGUCAAUGAAGGAGAGGAACGAGAGGAUGAGCAAACGCGAGCGUGAGCACGAGGAAAAGUGGAAGGUCAAGGAGGUUGACGUUCAGCAUCUGCACGACGAGAUCCUUUCACUCCACCUCGAGCUCGACCAACUUUCGCAACGAAACUCGGCACUACAGGCAGACAACGCUAGUCUCUUGCAACGCUGGCUGGACAAGAUGAACGAGCGCGUGGACAAGAUGAAUGCGGAUUUCGAGAGCGAGAGCAGUAAAGAUCAGGACAAGAACACGUCGGGGGGCGCGACCUUGGAGGGAUAG